CGAACCGACGUGAGAAGUCACACAUUUGUGCAACAUUGGAACGACAUUAUCGGUUGAAGCGACGCAAAGCGUAUCUUUUUCGGUAUCCUUUUAGUGCAGAGCGUCAUUCGGCGUUGCGACUGCGCUGGAAGUUGAUAAGCUAUGAGGUAUUGCGUUGACCUGGUACUGUCAACCUUGACAGCGUUGCUGGCAAUUGGCAGUGCGUUUAGUGACGAGAUUCCGACUGGAAGUGCUGAAGUUCCUACACAUUCCGACAACACUGUCGCUACCAUUGACAAGAACACACAAAGUUUUGUGGUGGCGACCCACGGAUCAGCAUAUUCCCUAACGUUAACAACAUUCCUCACGGAUGCUGCACAUUUGCACUAUGCGGUGUUGCCAGUGGGCCAACCGGCGUUAGAUGCAGCGGGUAUCAAGACUGCAGCGGCGCAGUGCCGCUCGGAUGUGGGUACAACAAACGAUGUACGACCGAAUAGUGCAGUCUCGAGGGUGCAGAGCACAGGUGUCGUGGCUGCAGAAACAAUCACGGUGGCCAAGGCUCAAAAAGUGGUGAGUGCAGUGAAAAAUCUGCAGCCGAACACAACUUAUGACGUCUUCUUCGUCUCGGAAGUGGUCGGAAGCAAUGGGGUCUUUGGCCCAGUACAGUCGGUGCUGCAGUCGUCCACACAUCCAGAACCUCCGGGAAUUGACAUAGUUAAUGUGCAACCGGAAAAUGCGACGGCGGAUUCUGUACUGAUCAACGCCACGUUGACGACUCUGGGACGCGCGUACUUUGCAUUAAUACCGAGCGGAGGUGACGAGAAGCUCACGGCUGAAGAUCUGGUACAAAAUCGAAGUACUGCUGGCUCAGCGAAAUCACAAUUUUUAGUACAUACGGUGGGAGUCAACGGAUCGUACAAUUUUCAAGAAGUUAUGAAAGAGUUAACUCCAGCGACUCUGUACGAUGUUUUCGUGCUUAUGGAGGCUCCUGGCAAUGGAGAAGUUCGAAGUGAAGUGGCUCAUUUUCCAAAAAAAGUCCGUACGCAUGCACUUGCGCCAGAAGUGACAAAACUGGUAUGUUUUCCGCUUAAUGCGAGUGCUACGGCUCUUGACAUCAGCUUUAACUUGGCUGUGGAUCAAGAAGAUAUCGACCGCGUGAAGCUCGAGACGUUGUCGUAUUUUACUUACAAUCUCCACUAUGAAGUCAUCGCGUUGUCCGAUGGUAAGAAAUCUACAGUCACAGCUAGCACGGUAUCAGUUUCUACAGGGAAUAGCGCGGUAACUCGCAGCACCGAUGACAUCAGCGCGCUGAAAAAUACCACCUUACGUGGAAUAUUCUCCAUGUGGAACUUCUCGAGCGUCGAGGAGUUUCAAGCAGGUCUUCAAGAAACUCACCAUGCUAACAUCACGGGACUGCAAAGUGGAACUUUGUACAAAGUGAAGCUGCGUGCAGAAACUGCUGGGAGCAAUGGACUCUUCGGUCUUCAUGAACUCACAACUCAGGCCACGACACACGAAGUACCACCCCGAAUCCUCGCUGCCACCGUCCAAGCAACCAACAAAAGUGUGAAUUCUCUCACUUUAAUAGUUGAUUUGGAGCAGCAACAAGGCAAUAUCCAUUACGUUCUCACUGGUAAAAGUGGGGCUGCUGCUAGUCUUCGCGGUGUCUUCCAACAAGCCACAAGCGUGGAACAUCUUCAAAAUCUAUUGCGCGACCGAGCACCUCGUGAUUCCGAAGAAAAUGCAUACAAAACUGGAGUUUUUACGUUCUUUUCGGAGGAGAAAAUCACCAUCUCCGACACUAGAAACCCCAAUGCAAACCCGAAUAUUGCGAGACACGGUAAACCCGUAGGAAAGAGCGAAGUGGAGGCGUUCAGACAGCAAUUCGAGAUUACGGGACUUGAAGAUGCGACGUCGUACUCUAUUGCUCUUCUACCAGAGACUACGAAGAGCUUUGGUCUAUUCGGCCGCGCAUUCAAUUCUUUACUCGAAGCUCACACGAACGAAAACGCCUCGCAGAUUGAGUUGCGUUCAGCCAGGCCGCUUCACGGGAAUAUCACCGCUAUCCAGCUCGACGUUAGCAUGACGAAGCCGAAAGAUAUCCUCUUCUUAUGCCUCGAUCCUUCUGAGGAUGUUCAGGAUGUGGAUCUCGAUCAGUGUCGCGAAGUAGACAGGAAUAGCUUGGAGGCUUCGAGAGUAUCACCUAACACUUUUACUUUCGCUAUCGGGAAUCUCAGCGAAGACACCGAGUACCAGGCCAGCCUGUACGCUGAAAACUCUCUUCGCAACGGUGUAGUAAGUGAACGAAGCGGAGAAGUUAAGGUUCGAACGUACAAGAGCGCACCACGGAUCAUUGAGGCAUCUGCACGACCUACCGCAGCUUCUUCAUCGCAAAUCGACGCUCAAGUUGUAGUAGAUCCUGAUGCGUCGUGCAUAGUGCACUAUGUUGUUCGUGAAGCGCAGGAUUCAAUGACGACUGACACACAGAAACCGGUGGAUGCAGCUACAAUUGUAGAGCACUCAUCCAGUAAGGAUCCUCGCUCCCAGUUCCAGCAUCGACUUCCAUCAUCCUCGUCAUCUUUUGUGAGUGGCGGGAGCGUAUUUACCGAGACUGGUGCUGCCAAUACAAGCUUUAAUGUCCAAGAACUGCGCGCCAAUACGACGUACGAAGUAUUCGUCGCAACGGAGACAAGUAGAGAUGGAAACAGCAGCGGAGUCCUCGGAGAACUCGUGACUUUCAACGUUACAACUCACGCUAUCGCGCCCAAAAUCGUGCUUGCAACAGUGGAUCCUGUCGACGGCAGCACAGAUAGUGUCGUCAUUAUAGCCAACCUAUCACAUCCAGGAGUGCUGCACUACUUCCUCAGUGACGUCGACUUCGCAGAUCCAGCAGUCAUCAGCCAUAGCGACGAGAAACGUACACCUCACGAGCUACGAGGACAGUUAGUAGUGCUGGAGGAGCAUAUUUUGAUGGAGGUUAUCAACGGCACGAACGAUACUCGACCAACUGACCCACUCGUGUUUGUCCACAACACUACAGUGAGUGGACUCAAGGCUGGCACGACGUAUCAUGUGUCUCUAACCACAGAGACCUACGGAAGCGAAGGCGUCUUUGGUGAAUUCCCACCUCCAGUGCUUGUGAACACUCAUCUUGGGCCUCCAGUGAUCAUUCCGGACAAGCUUUCGAUGCAUCCAGUGGACGGAUCAAGCUCAGCUCUCGCCAUAGAUUUCGCACUGGAUCGCUUUGGAGAUGUCCACUACGCGCUGUUUUUUCGUGGUCUUGUAUCCGACAGAAGCCACGAAUUUGGAGCUCCAAUAGAGAGAAUUGAGGACAAAAAGGAGGAUGCAGGCAACGAGUCGACUCCAAUCUGGCCACCACCAAUUAGCACGUUUGACCUCAAGAAUUUGGACGGCUUAAUGCUCAAGAACGCGGAGCUAGAGGCGCUUGGCGUGGGUGUUUGGGUGAACGAUACCAUUUCAGUCUCUCGGGAAGAUAUCACGUGCGGCAAAAUGAUACACAAGGAGAUCGAUAAAUUACCGGCUAACGCACUGUUCGAUGUGUGCCUUGUGAGUGAGACUGCAGCCAGUAACGGUAUAUUGGGCUGGCCGUUGGAUGGUAGUGUUUCUGCGUGUCAUCGGGUUGCUACGCAUGCAGACUACACGAACCAGUCGAAGCUGUUGGACGAGAUAACAGUACAUCCUUUAGGUGGUCGAACGGACGGGAUUCGUAUCAAUCUCAACGUCUCCAAGCUGCCGAAAGCCCCGCAGACAACUGACGGAAACGUCCUUGAUCGAUAUGCUCAAUCUACCGGUAGAAUACCCUAUUUUGUGCUAGUCGACGCAAAAUCAAGAUCUGGACGUGACCUUGGAGCAUUCUCUUCUCAUCGAGGCGAAGUUACAAGUGUCUUUAAGGAAACAUCUCCUGGACACGGCGACGGUGUCGUGGCCGCUGGAAUGUUGUCGAAUAUAUCGCGUGAGAACGCUACUGCACUGGUAAUUGAGCAGGAUGUGCUUGGACUAGGCGCGAAUCACGAGUAUUUGCUCUUCUUCGCGUAUGAAACCAGCGGCAGCAACGGAGUGUUCACACGAGUCAAUCCUCACAAGCAUCGAAGCAACGAUUCGCGCUCUGAGAACGACGGUAUCCCGGUUACAACAUACGAAUCCGCUCCUCGUAUCAUGAAAGCUAACGCCAACCCCACGUUCGGUCAGACUUCCCGUAUCACGGUGAAGUUUGACGUUGCGUGCGAUUCCUGCGCGAAUACACUGGUUCAUCUACUAGUGUUUCCAGACUACUGUAAGUCUCCCGAAUCUGUGGCUGAUACGCUACGUUUGGGUCAAUUUUCUGGCUCCGAGACCAAUGUGACUAUCUCAAACACGAGUGAAGUGACUGGAGGCUGCAUCACUCCGUUGGUACAAAAGCGCGUGGAGUUUGAAAUGUCCGAGAGACAACACAAUCGACACGAUCUUGAAGAGGAACUUGGCGAUGAAAAUGUGCUCUCACCCAAUUCUAGUUAUAUCGUUCUACUAGCGACUGAGACGGUAGAUUCUCACGGUGUGUUGAGUACAAAAUUCGAGGAGCUGCGAGUGCGAACGCAUGCCCCAGCGCCGAAAUUUACAGAUUUUCGACUGGAACCUCGCACAGGGUCAACAACAGAGUUGGUGUUGACGUUUGCACUUGAUCGUCCGGGUGAAGUCCACUACAUGCUUGGAGCUUCUGACAAUGCGGAGUUUAACGUCACGUCACCUCAUAACAUCAGCAGUAAAGGCAUUCCUACUGGUGAUCGCAAUGGACGCAGUAGAGAUACACACAAUUACCGUCCAGAAAUUGUACGCACACGACGAAGCGUGACGUAUUCGGACGGUAAAUACGUCGAGCUCGUGGACUAUUUGAUGCCAGGUACAAGCUACAGUCUGUUCAUCGUGUCGGAGGCAUCACCGGCAGAUCACGGCGUAUAUGGAGAUAUCCACGAGGUGAAAGACGUCUCGACAUUCGCCAAUGCGCCGAUUCUACUGGCUCACACGGCGUACCCGACACCAGGGACCACUGAAUCGUUAACUGUGGGCUUUCGCAUGGACGCUCCGGGCAUUGUGUACUUCUCAGCUGUUGCAGUAAAACCUUGGGGGCUGACACGUCAUGUUGCUAAAGGAAGUGACCGGUUCGGCAACCGCUUGGCACUACAGGACCGACUUAUAGCGCAGAAGAGUUUGGACGUAGAUAAAGAGAGUAUGGAGCUAGAAAGCGACAGUGGCUGGCGAGAAAUGAUCCUACAAGUGCCUCAGACUGGAAUUAACUACACGGUACAUCUCGUUACGGAGACGAACGGCAGUGGAGGCAUUUACGGUACCGUGGCGACCCACGCAGGAGUUCGUGCUCAUUCAGAGGCACCAGAACUGGUUAAUGUAUCGGUGAACCCGACCGACGCUCGUGUGGAUGCACUUACAGUGAAUGUUACGCUAAGUGACCGUGGUCACGUGCACUAUGUCGCAGUACCAAGUGGACGUGGCUCGGAGCCUCCAUCGAACGAUCAAUCGACGGAGCUGAGUGUACGUGCCAGUGGCAGCGUCGACGUUAAUGAGACUGUUGGAGACCAGAAGACAGAUUUUGUGAUCACUGGACUCACGGAAGGCACUUCAUAUGACCUUUACUUCCGCGCGGAGACAUUCGAGAGCUUUGGUGUCUUUGGAUCAUGGGCGAAGCAGGCCGUGACAGCCCGUACGCACGGUCUUCCGGCUGAUGUUCUACCUGAAGCAGUGGAGUGUAAAGUGAUACCGUCUUGUGAGCAACGAGGACGUGAGGCGUGCUCGCGGAAGGCAAAUGUAUGUGGCAAGUGUCUUGAUGGAUAUGGAGCUGAGGGUGAUGAAGAGGUACCAGAAGCUAACGAGCCAUGCGUCAAGUUGACUCCCACGAAAGCUAAACGUGGUCCGAAGAUCAAAAUUAACGGUGUGACGCGUAACCCGAACUUGCAUUUGUCAGAGACAGAGAGUGAGACUGAUGAGGAGCACGAGCAUGAGCCUGUGCAUGUUUUACCUACGGAACACGUCAAGCUUGAACAACAGCCCGUUGAUCUAGAUGCAUUACAGCACGACACGGAGAUUAUUGAAGAACCCAUCCAAUCGACAAUUCCGGUGACGGAAGAUCAUACCGUGCAAGAACAAAAUCAAGAACCAGUAGCGGACCAACCCCAGUUGAUAGAGCAGCCUGUCGAGCCUCAAGUACCGGUAUCCGUCGAGCCUAAUCAACAUGUUGACAUCGGUUUGGACGCUCUUGCUCAUCCGGAGGUCACCGCUGAACAAGAACCGACUCCAGAUCUCCCAGAGACCUCAGGAUGUCCAUUGAACUCGCAGCCGAGUGCUUCCGGCUUGUGCGAGUGCAUUCCCGGCUAUGAGGUAGAUGAAGGAGGCACCAGUUGUGUUCUCUCACGCAUGCCCACGGUAGCUGAAGCUACCGCUGCGUCAUCAUCAGCCGCCUUCGAUGUCCUCAACACACAUCAUAUUCCUGGCCAAAGUUUGUAGUCUCUCAUAGGUUGCACAUGCAGAGCUGGACGAGGUUUACUAUCUUUGCAUUGAACAAGCAACAGGAAAGCCUAAAGUUU